AUGUCAGACGACGAACGAAUGGACACAGGUGGGGAUUUUGAAGGAGGCGAUUACGAGAAUGAUUAUCUUGAUCCUGAUACAUUGAACUACGAAAAUGAGGACGGUGAAAAUGAAGAAGAAGGUGCAAACAAUGAGAUUGAUGAAACGAUGAUAGUCGAAUCAAACGCUCCUCAAGAAGGUGAAAGACAACGUACGGGAAAAGCAGCCAAACCCAACGAAGUCAGAGUGACUACCCCUUAUAUGACCAAGUAUGAAAGAGCAAGAGUGUUAGGUACGAGGGCUUUACAGAUCAGUAUGAACGCUCCUGUCCUCGUGCCGGUAGAAGGCGAAACGGAUCCAUUAGAAAUAGCUUUAAAAGAAUUAGCAGCUAAGAAAGUACCUUUGGUAAUACGGAGAUAUCUUCCUGAUAACUCGUUCGAAGAUUGGAAAGUCGAAGAACUGAUUAUACAGGAAUAA